AUGCUCUCUUCUACCAUUAUUGCCGGUCUCUUCCUUGGCCUUGCACAGAUUCCUGGUAGUGUUGCUCAGCCAUUCAUUUCUGACAACUCUACGGAUAUCAUCAUUACACAUGUUGCCUCUGAUUUCUUCCCAAAUGCCAAGGGCGACUUGAGCCCCUUCGACGUGGAUGUCCAAUACGUUGGCUAUGACGCUGAUACUCGGCUCUGGCUCACUGCCCUGGAGCCUGGUUCGGGCACCACUGACAAGGAAAAGGCUGUCUUACUGACUGAGGCGGCCUACGCCAAAAAGUUUGAUGAGAGUGACUCAGACAUGGUUGAAGAUGUCAGUGCUUUGUUGGCCGCCGUGGCUGGUAAUACAAGCUCCCUCGAGAAGCGUGCUGGUUCUAGCUAUAGUCUGAGCGCACGUCACGCGAUCAACUGGGGCAAAUGUGCCGCUGCUUUGUCCUGCCUAUCGGGCACGACGUGUCGCUUUAACCUUAAUAUUGGCAGUGCUCCUCGCAGCCGCUGCGAAUCCCAGGGAGGAUCAAACUGUUGCAUCAGCUGGUCUACCUAUCAUGUCCGAGCCGGUUUCUUUUCCACUACCUGGACAUCAUGCAACAGCGAGGUCAAUGCGGAGAAGAAGGCGAGUGUCUCUUGCGAGGGUCAUGGCAGCUCCGCUCAGGGUGGCGAUGUUUGCCUGAGUGGCCGCGCCAACGGAUGUACCUGA